AUGAAUCCACAGGAAAACCAACACCAACAAAACCCUGCAGGAGGGUUAUUAUCCCAACAACCAAACACACUACUUAAUUCCAUCAUUUUACCUUUUAUUUCAAUCUUUUCAUCAUCCCCUGCAACCAAACAAACCUCUGAUGACACCACCACCCCUAAUUACUAUUCAGAAAACAAUAUCAGCAUCAGUAUGCUUUUCAAGAAAGCAAUGAUGGGUUUUCUGGCUGCUGGAUAUAUGUGUCUACUUUUGAUGGGUUUGAUGAUGUUGUCGGUUGUGUUGGGGGUGUUUUUGGUUCGGCUUUGGGUUGAAGAACCGGUUUUUGUUCAACAAAACUUGUAUUUUGAUUAUACUGAUGUGAAUCCUUAUGCUGUUUUGGAUUUUGGGUUAUUUGUUGAUAACUAUAAUAAUUAUUAUGGUAAUAAUAAAGUGAUGAUGAAAGGUAUCCCUGUUGGACAUAUGUGUGAUGUUCGUUUGGCUUUUGUCAUGCCCGAUUCGGAUUAUAAUCGAUAUCUUGGCAUGUUUCAGGUAGUUGCCGAGUCUGUAUCAUCAAACGGGGAUGUCAUAGCUAGAACAAGCCACCCGUGCAUGCCACAUUUCCGAAGCGAACCUAUCCGAGCUAUGCAAACAUUGCUCUGGAGCGCGCCAUUAGUGUUGGGGUUCAGAAGCGAAAUCCAAACAGUAAACAUGCCCCUCUUGAGAUACAAGGAACACUACCAUCCCAGAACACAAGCCAUCCGAAUUUCUAUAAUUCCGAGGGCAGGGACGCCCUUUCUUCCACAAUUAUAUGAAGCAAAAAUAACUGUGAGAUCCGAGCUACCAUGGAGAAAAGCAUUAGUCCGAAACUGGAAGUGGACAUUCUACGUUUGGACAUCUUUAUAUGUUUACCUUACGCUACUUGUACUUCUCGUAUCUUGCUUUAGGUCAAUCAGGUUCCCUGCCAUGACGACAUUCUCUGGCUAUCAAAGAUUGGCAACUUCGGAUGAUUCAUUAGAAGAGCCACCACGGGCAUUUGGCACAAGAGGUAGACCGACUUCAGAGAAUCUCAAACGAUGGAGACAAGGUAGAAGCAAGAGAAAGGCUAUGGGUGGAGGGUCGGAUGCGACGAGCAUGAGUGUAACAAGACAUGAAGAUGCUAGUGUAGCUACCGAGGAGGUCGGAGACUCGGAGUCAGUUUGUCAAUGAGGUAUAGUCCGUGAAAGUGGUGAGUAAUUAGUCGGAAUGUGUUUUGUUAAUUACU